ACACAAGUAAUAAUAGUUAUAAUUAUAAACGAAAAUGUUUAAACAUUUUAUCAUAAUUUUCCUGCUGUGUACUGAACUUUAUACCGCAAGAAGUGACAGUGUAGUCGAUUGCCCUGAUCAAACGAAACCGGGUGAUAAACAGUUGGACUACGAAAUUAAAGGAACAAUAAAUGAAAAGAUACACAUUGUAGCUCCAUCUGUGGGAUUUUAUGACAACAAAAUAUCUUGCAUACUUAUCAGCGAUUUGGGUCACAGUAGCGCCACACCUGUUAUUGGACCAGGAGGUAUUGGUUUUAAUUACGUUGAAGUUACAAUCACUCCUGGAUUCUUGGAGUCCUUACAUUACCAUAUUCAGAUUUACACCUCACAAUAAUACAAAUACAUAUUAUUAUGUGGA